AUGGAGUGGGAUCCAAGUCGGUUCUUUCGACCUGAGGGGAGUCCGUCACCUUAUGCUCUCUUGAUGCUCAACCAGCCAAUCAACGAGAAGGCGUUUGCUGUUUUAAGUCAACAUGCUUCUUACAUCGUUUGUGCCGAUGGCGGGGCAAAUCGUCUCUACGAUAUGAUGAAAGCGCAAGGCAAGGAAUUUACCCAACUUCCUGAUAAAAUCAUUGGUGAUCUGGAUUCCAUCCGUCCCGCAGUACGACAACACUACGAGGAUCUCAAUGUAUCAGUCGUCAAGGAUCCCGAUCAAUAUUCAACAGAUUUUACCAAAUGCCUCAAAUACCUCAAUAGUCAGGCAUCGGAGAUCAUCAAAAAGUCACCACAGCAUCAAAAAAUCAGCGAUAGCCAGGGAAAUACCUCCACAAACGGCCCUGCCUCAAUACCAAGGCUUGAGAUUCUCAUUCUCGGCGGUCUUGGUGGUCGAGUCGACCAGGCUUUUUCACAAAUUCAUCACCUGUAUAUGAUGACUCAGACGCAGCGCCAAUUAAAAGAUGGAUCGCUUGAAGAGAGCCCCGGCGCAGGCGGUAAUCUCUAUCUGAUCUCCGAAGAGAGCAUCUCUUUUGUGCUUCAUGAGGGCAAGAACACCAUUUUAACGCCCCGUACGAAUCGACCUGCCGAAUAUGACUCACUUCGCCAGGCACCGAACCAGGACCAGCUGAUCGAAGGGAGUCCGCUGUCUAAACUACCCGAGACGGAGUACUUCUUUGAAGAGAACAUUGGCAUUAUUCCGCUUUCAGCACCGGCGUCAAUUACCACACAAGGGUUUGAAUGGGAUGUCGAGAAUUGGCAGACUGAGAUUGGCGGCCAAAUAUCUACAAGCAAUCAUAUUCGCGCGGAUCAGGUUGAGGUUUCGACCAAUGUUCCGGUCCUCUUCACAGCGGAAUUGGCGCAAAGAUUGAAACGAGCCUGA